AUGAAGAGUGAACAGUUUCUCUAUGUUUUAGUGUUUUUCUCGGGGCUUGCUGUGGAGUCGUCGUUUUGUCAAAAUCUCGGUAGUCAAUUGAGUAGGAGUUCCAAAGAUCCACCUGUUCCAUGCCAGAAUCAUUUGGAUCAAUUUGAAAGAAAGUCUAAGGAUUUCACAACAAUAAUCCUUAAGAAUGCGGUUCCUGUUACUUACUGCACAAAAUCCGUUGAUGAUUAUUUAGCAUUUGAGCAAUCAUAUAAGAAUCUCACAGAAUCCCAGGACAAGAACAAUGUCUCUUGCCGGAGUCUCUACUUCAAUGUAGAUCGACUGGGAGUAGUAGAGACAAUGUAUACUAACCUCCAGCGGGUUUGGAAGAUGGGAUUCUGUGAUGAUUGCUACUCAAACACAAGCACAUCCACCCUCUCAAACACCACCAAUGAUUUCUUCUACUACUGGAAGGAAAUCAAUGAUUGCAUCACCAACUCGAGUCAGUCUGAUCCCUGUCUCAAAUGCAUGAGUCACUAUCAGAAGCUCAAUAGCUUCUUCGAUGGUAUCAAAAAGGAGAAAGGCGAUCAGAUCUGCUUCGAUCUCCAGGAUGCCAUGAAUCGCACAAGAAUUCUCUGGUCAGUCAAGCUCAAUUGUUGCCGAGACCGAGCUCCAUCGAUGCUCUCCUUCACGAUCAUAAGUGCCAUUGUAGGACUUCUUCCCGGAAUCUUCUACAUAGCCUUCUACUUCUGGAGACGUCACCAAGAUCGUUUCGAUUUCCUUUCAGACACCAACUCCCCCCUACCCGAACCGCUAAUCCCCGAGAACUCCCCCCUCCAGAAUCUACCCGAGAAUGAAGAUGAACCUGGCCCAUCUGGGGCAACUGCAUCAGUUCUUCCAAGGUCCACAGGGGCAAUAAAAAAAGAAAAAACAGCAACUGCCGAUGAGUCAGACGAUGACUUGAUCGAUUGCAAUGAAAAAUGAGCAAUUUGCAUUUGUUUUUUUUUAUAUUUCGAACUAAAAUACAAAGCAGGAGAUUUUAUUCUCUUCCUUGAUUCACUACAAUUAACACAUUGCUGGAUGUUCUUGUAAGAAUUUGAAAUUUUAUUUUAUUUUUUUUAGCAAAUAUACCAAUGAAAUUCUUUCUAAAAUAUUUAAAAAUUUCACAUUGAUUCCCAUCGAGAAUGUAAUUCUGUCUUUUUUUUUAAUCGUGUUUAUUACUAAAUGACUAGAUAUGUUAAUAUAACAUUAAAAUUCUUGUCUUCAAUCUAGCCCCUCUUUGGCUCUUGUCCUUUUAUUUUAUUUUUACACAUAAAACAUUUAUUUAUUUUCACUGUAUACUGAAGUAUAUAUUGAUAAAAAUAUUUUCUUUCAUUUAAAAAAAUGGCACUCAAACUUGCACCAUCAAAAUAUUGCAGAAUUGUCUCAGAAAAGAAGACUUUAAUAACCUUGUUUCUUCAAAAUUAUUGCAAAGGGACAAAAAUAAGUCAAAAAAAAAAUAUGACGUUUUAAUUAAUAGAUUUAUAAACUAAAAAAAAAUGAGUAUUGUGUUUUAUCCGAUAAGUUAUUUAAGUUCGUAUUAUAAUUUGUAAUAUUCUAAAUAUUUGUGAAUAAAGAUGAUCUUUCGCCAAAA